AUGGCAGUGGAAAUGUAUCCCGUGGAGUCCUGUCCUGGGAAUGGCGACUCAUGGCAGAAGGCUGGAAUCGCAUUGAAAUGUCCAAAUGACAACAUCGGCAGGAACCUUUACCAAUGUGCCCCUAAUGAAUAUAAGACAGAUUUGGUCGAGUUCUGCUUGAAGGGAUCCAUCGGGAGAUUUGAAGAAGGUUUAUGCGUGUACGCCUAUCCUAACGGACACUUAGGUGUGAAGAACUGCACGACGUUUGUGACCGGAUGUCCUGAAACGUCCUACAACAGCAAUGAAAUCUACAACCUCCUUGAUUGCAUAGAUACAAGACAUGGACAUCUCCUCGAAAACCUAAACCAGCCUUGGUUGUCUCAUGCAGAACUGGAUGAAAUGGCAGCAGUCGUGAAUAGAUGUGGAUCGCCUCUGUCCAAAUGCUGGGGGUUCACUGACGGAACUAUCAGACCGAUAUGCAGACAUCAGUCUCAUCAGCAGGUGGUGUUUAUGGUCACAAAAGAAUACACGGUUUAA